ACUUCCUGUUUUCUCAAUUUUGUGUGCAUGAUAGUUUUUUUUUCUGUUUUUAGCAGUCGGCUACAGCAGCUGCACCCACUUGACAAAGCAAAGGGUUUAUCAAACAUCAAAUCAGUCUGCACAGCCACAAAAUAGGUGUGAGGUUAUACAUUAGCUUGACCGAGACAGCAGUUGAGAAGAAAAACGGUAAGAGCGUUGCUUUUUUUGUUUUACAUGCACAGCAGAUGUUAGUUCAGUGUGAAAUCAAGAGAAAGGUGGGUAAAGAGAUCCCAUAUAAGAUUAAGAAGAUUAAGAAAACCUUUCUUAGUCCCACAAUGGGGAAACUGCAACACAUACAACAUAUAUACGAAUAACACAAAAGAAGCGUAUGGAAAUCUGAUUUUUUUUUUCUUAUCCUUUUUUAGGCUUUUGUGGAUAUGAGGAGAUGGAACUACUGAAACCCAAACCUUUUGAUAACAAAGAGUUAGAAAACUGGCAUUUCAUUGGCAAAGGAGGAUUUGGUCUCAUUUACAAAGUCAAACAUAAAAAAAUGGGACAUGAUGUGGCCAUUAAGCUGCUUUAUUGUUCUGACAUGGAGGGGGCAUUGUUUAAGGAGGCCAAGUAUCUAGAAACAUCAUCAUCCGAUUAUGUCCUGAGGAUCUAUGGAAUAUAUGAGGGAAUUCCCCCUUUCCCUGGAGAAAAAUUCAAAACCAAGGGGAUAGUCACAGAGUUCAUGCGAAGAGGAUCCAUUGAGAGCAUUCAGAAGAAACUGAAUUGCACUCCACCGGUGCCUCUAGCCUUUCGUUUGGCUCAUGAAGUGGCUUUAGGAAUAAACUUCCUCCAUUCAAUGGGCAUUUUACACCGUGACCUGAAGCCAAGCAAUGUAAUGCUGAGUGAAAGCCUUAAUGCUAAGCUGGCAGACUUUGGUCUGAGCACAUAUUCCUCCAGUGCUAACACCAGUUUUGAAGAAAAAGCAGCAAAUGGAGGCACUCUGAAGUACAUGCCACCUGAAGCUUUUGAUCCAAGCUACACACCUUCACGCUUUUUUGACAUUUACAGCUUUGGGAUCCUUGUGUGGUCCAUCUUUACAGGAGAAGAGCCUUACAAAGAUGCCUUGGAUAUUGUGGUGGAGAUGAAAGUACCAGAGGGCCAAAGACCUCCCCUUGAUCAUCAGUUUCUGGAAAAUACAAAAGGGUUAGAGGACCUGAAAACCCUUAUCUCCAAAUGCUGGGAAGGAGAGCCAUCAAAGAGGCCAACAACUAAAGAGUGCAUUGAAGUCACCAAGAAGAUGUAUUUAAUGCACGAGAAUGGAAUUAACCAGGCUCUCUAUCAAGUCCUUGAAAAACUGGACUCAGAAAAAUCUGAACCUCCUGAAGCAAGUGAUAAACCCAGUUUAGCAGUGGCAACAGGUCAUGGAGAAAAUGGUGAAGAUCGCUCUGGGUUUAUAGCACAGCAAUCUGUAGUUGAUGACAAAAACAAUGUGGACAAAGUAAAAUUUGUUGACAUGAACAGGGCAAGUUUGAUCAAAUUCGCUACCAAGGUGAUGGAAAUAGUGGAUGAUCUUGGAGACAUGGUCCAGACGGAGGCCUGUUCAUUCAUCAAAGUGCAGAGAACGAGCCAAAUGCAAAUGACAGAGCUGUACUGCGGACCUUUACAUUCAGGAGGGACGAAGGUUAAAGCAGCAUUUUAUGACGCUCUCAAAAAGCAUGAACCACAACUGGUUAGAGAUCUCGGUAUGACAUUUCCUGUUUUUUACAUUCACCUGCUUGUCUUCCACAAGUAACUCAAGAUUUUAAUUUUGCUUUCUCUUUCAGGUAACAAAUUUAACUGAUGGGAUUUUUUGUUUCUCAUGAACUGAAGUUACAAAGCGUUUCCAAGAUGCACCUCUUUGCCACAGUGUAUCAUCUUUAAUAAAUAUAUCAGUUUUCCAGAUUUAAAGAAAUACAUCAUUAAAUUCAAACUGAACAUUUUACAACUGACUGAUUUUUUUUUGUUAAAUUAAAGAUACUGGAAUAAGAAUCAGACUCUGGACAAGAUCCCCAAAACUUAAGAUUUUUUGUUUUUGAAUAGGAGAAAGCAGACUAGUAGAGUGAGGUAGAACAGGUCUGGGGUUCUCACUUUGUGAAAAUAGUCAUGGGUUGCAUGCUAAGGGAUUGUCGUGUUGCCACCCAAGUCCUUGCAACUCUUGCAGGUCCAAAGAGUCUGUCUAUCUAGGCUGUUGACUUGAUGAAAACAAUUUAUAAAAGAUUAAGCACUUGGCUUUAAAAAAAAAGACUAAAGGUGUAUUCAGACUGAGGGAGUCUGUUGGUUUGGAUCGAGUCCACUUAUUCUUUCCGGAUCGAGUCCUGGAGAUUGCAUUUGGUGUGUAUUCAGACUGCCGUCAAGCAGACUUUCCUGUUUCGUACCAAUGCUUGUAAAC